AUGAUGUGGGUGACGGCGGUACUACUGUGGGUCCGGUGCGCUGCGUCGCAGCAGCAGCAGCAACUGGAGACGCCGGCGCGGUACGACUUCGUGGUGGUGGGCGGCGGCACGGCAGGCUGCGCGCUGGCGGCGCGGCUGUCCGAGGUGCGCGGCUGGCGGGUGCUUCUGCUGGAGGCGGGCGGCGCGCCGCCGCAGGCCGCAGACGUGCCGCUGGCGGCCAGCAUCGCGGCGGGUCCGGGCUCGCCCCUCGACUGGGGCUACCGGGCGGAGCGCGAUGCGCGCUUCUGCCGCGCCAUGGAGGGCGGCCGCUGCCGCUGGCCCCGCGGCAGGACGCUGGGCGGCAGCUCCGCCAUCAACUUCAUGAUCCACUCCAGGGGCAGCCCGCACGACUACGACCACUGGGCCAGGCUGGGCAACCGCGGCUGGGCCUACCGCGACGUCCUGCCCUACUUCCGCAAGAGCGAGGACGCACGGCUGCCGGCGGACUUCGGCGCCUCGGCGGAGUUCCGCGGCUUGGCCGGCCCUGUGCCGGCGCGGUCCGCCGCGUGGCGCUCGCCGCUGGCGCCGCUGUUCGUGGCCGCCGCGCAGCAGGCCGGCCUGCCCCGCAACGACCCCAACGGGCCGCACCAGGUCGGCGUCAGCUUCGUACAGGCGACGGUGCGCGGCGGCCGGCGGUGGAGCGCGGAGCGAGCCUACCUGCGGCCGGCGCUGGGCAGGCCCAACCUACGCGUCCUCACCGGGGCGACGGCCACCCGGCUGAUCAUCGACCCGGCCACCAACUCCACGCGCGGCGUCUGCUUCAUACGGGGCGGACGUGCGCAGGAGGUGCUGGCAGACAAGGAGGUGAUCCUGUCUGCGGGCGCCAUCAACUCCCCGCAGCUGCUGAUGCUGUCCGGCGUGGGACCCCGCGACCACUUGGAGAGCCUGGGAAUCCCCGUCGUGCAGGACCUGCCAGCCGUGGGGCAGAACCUGCAGGACCACCCCGCCAUGGGCGGAAUCACUUUCACCGUCAACGAGUCGGUCACCAUCAUCGACAAGAGGGACGCCCUCAACCCGGCCAACUGGUUCGACUACCUGUUACGUGGCAAAGGGCCUCUCACAUUGCCAGGCGGCGCAGAGGCGUUGGCGUUUGUGCGGACGCCGCUGGCGGAGGGCCCGGGCCCCGACGUGGAGCUGGUGAUGGGCGCAGGAGCGCCCUCCGGCGACUCGCUGGGCUUCCUGCGGCGCCUCGUGGGCUGGCGGCGCGGCGCGUGGCGGAGUGUGUGGGGCGCCGCGGCCGGCCGGGGCGCCGACGCCUGGUCCCUGGCCGCCGUGCUGCUGCGGCCGCGCUCCCGCGGCUCCGUGCGCCUGCGCAGCCGCAACCCGCUGCACGCGCCCGUCCUGCGGGCCAACUACUACGACGACGAGCGGGACCUGCAGGCGCUCGUCCACGGCAUCAAGUUUGCGGCGUCGCUGGGGGAGUCGGGCCCGCUGCGGCGCUUCCACAGCCGGCUGCUGCGAGUGCCGGCGCCGGGCUGCGAGCGGGAGGCCUUCGGCUCGGACGGCUACUGGGCGUGCGCGGUGCGCCAGCUGGCCUUCAACCUGCACCACCAGGCGGGCACCUGCGCCAUGGGCGCCGUCGUCGACAGCCGGCUGCGCCUGCGCGGCGUGCGGGGCGCGCGCGUCGUCGACGCCUCAGUUAUGCCCGCCGUGCCGUCGGGACACACCGCCGCGCCCGUCUACAUGAUCGCCGAGAAGGCCGCCGACAUGAUCAAGCAGGACUGGGGGCAGCCCAUCCAGUAG